AUGGGGGGAAUUUCGUCGCUCAAAUUGCUGCCCUUUGUGGCUGGUUGUGCCUUUGCUGGUUAUCAAUAUCCUGAGAUCCCGAAGGACUUGACUACACCAUUCCAGCAGCGAUUGUCAGUAUAUGGACCUGAUGCUGUGUCUGUUGGUUGGAACACCUAUACGCAACUGGAACAGAGUUGCGUGCAUUAUGGCUUGUCAGAAAGCAACCUGAACACCAAAGCUUGCUCAUCCUCGUCGACCACCUACGACCCCUCCCGGACGUGGUCCAAUGUCGCCGUCCUAACAGGCCUGACCCCGGCGACAACCUACUACUAUAAGAUCGACUCCACCAACUCGACCGUUGGCCAUUUCCUUAGCCCUCGCACACCUGGUGAUAAAACUGCCUUCAGCAUGGACGUGGUCAUUGAUCUGGGUGUCUACGGCAAGGACGGCUACACAAGCAAAAGCGCCAAAAAGGACUCCAUCCCAGUCGUCGAGCCAGAACUAAACCAUACCACAAUCGGUCGCCUCGCGAAAUCAGUAGACGACUACGAGCUUAUCAUCCACCCAGGUGACUUCGCUUACGCCGAUGACUGGUAUCUCAAAUUCUCAAACCUGUUUGAGGGCAAAGAAGCCUACGAGUCCAUUAUCGAACAAUUCUACGACCAACUCGCACCAAUCGCAGGUCGCAAGCUCUACAUGGCCAGCCCGGGAAACCACGAAGCAGACUGCUCCGAGAUUCCGUACUUGAACAACCUCUGCCCCAAAGGUCAAAACAACUUCACGGAGUUCAUGCACCGAUACGAGAAAACCAUGCCGCAGUCUUUUGUUUCCUCGUCGUCCAACACGAACGCCCAAGCCCUGGCCCGAAAGGCCCGCAGCCUUUCAUUGCCGCCCUUUUGGUAUUCCUUCGAAUACGGCAUGGCCCACGUCGUAAUGAUCGACACUGAAACAGAUUUCCCUGACGCACCAAGUGGGCCCGAUGGUUCUGCCAAGCUGAAUGGCGGGCCAUUUGGCACUGCCACCCAACAGAUCGACUUCCUCAAGGCUGAUCUCGCUUCCGUCGAUCGGAGUGUCACCCCCUGGGUAAUUGUCGCCGGACACAGACCGUGGUACUCAACUGGUAAAUCGUCGAACGUCUGCGGUCCCUGCCAAGAGGCGUUUGAGGGCCUGUUUUACCAGUAUGGCGUUGAUCUCGGUGUCUUUGGUCAUGUGCACAAUUCGCAGCGGUUCUCGCCUGUUGUUAAUGGUACCGCCGACCCCAACGGUAUGAAGGAUCCCAAGGCUCCCAUGUAUAUUGUUGCUGGGGGUGCCGGUAAUAUUGAGGGUUUGAGCUCUGUUGGCAGUCAGCCCGAUUAUACGGAGUUUGCGUAUGAUGAGGACUACAGCUACAGUACCAUUAGAUUUUUGGACGAGCAGCAUUUGCAGGUCGACUUUGUGAGGUCUUCUACUGGAGAGAUCUUGGAUUCUAGUACUUUGUAUAAGGAACAUGCGACGGAUUUUGUGGAGCAGUGA